GAAUGGGUCUUACUUGAAACUUUUUCAAGAGUCGGCUAGAUCGCUAGGUUGUACAGGAGAAAAAGCAUGGCUUACUUCUUAGAGAAGUAAAAGCUGAAGAGACGUUUGCAAGUGCAGUGUUAAGUAUGGAAAGAGUGAACGUUUAAAUAACAGUUGUAGAAUUUAUUGUCACUUGAAAAAAAGUGCUCAGCAAGUGCGAAAACUGUUUUUUUUUAUCUUUUCCUUUUACUUCGGCAAUUAAAAGAAAAUCUUGCGAAUACAAGAAAAAGAAAUUGUUUCAAGUGUUGUGAAAAUAUUUUUCAUGUUUUUUUUUUUUUUUUGGUGAAGAGUUAAUAUACCUCCAAGGAAGAAAUAAAGGUGUAAGGAUCCUUUCAUUCAACAAAAACCUUUUUAAGAUGCUUUAAAACCUCAUCAGUGCAUUAACAUUCUACAUCCUCGCUAUUCAUUAAGCGAAAGACUUCAGAAAACCUCAUAUUAAACCUUUGUCAUAUCUGCCAGCUUAAACACGAGAAGCUGGAGUGGUGUGACAACGGCCAGGACUUGUCAUCCCCAUACCAAACCAUGCUAGCUAGCCCUCAACAGGCUGUAGGAACUCCAUUUUCAGUCAAAGACAUUCUCAACCUGACGGACCAGGCAGGAUUUGACCAGGCUCUGCUGUACGCGCAGAGCCUGGAGAAACUCUUCGAUGAUGGAAUGGACACCUUCUAUAUGGGAGGGGGUCCAGGAGCUAUGGUGCCAUCGACAUCCCCAGCUCCAUCUUACAUGUUUGGAGAAUUUGUCAAACAGAACUAUCAGCAAACUACACCACUCACGUCACCCCAUGUGCAGAGCCUGUCCCACUUGUGCCCUCCUUUUCCAAGCGGUAGUCCUGGACUCAUCUGCAGCAGCUACAGCAAUGGGGGCAACUAUGAUGAAAGUGGAAUGGGGUAUAAUAGUAACACCCUGAGGCACUCUACAGUUUGUUCACCUGCAGAAUCUGAAGAUAAAAAACCCAUACUGAUACAGUCUUACAACACUGCAACAACCACCCCAAAUCAUCUUAACAUAAGCCAGACUACCGACAACUCCAACAAUCGAAUCAUCAGCCCGUCCGUCCCCAGCAACACUGCUGUCAAAUCCGAGACAACUUCCUCCGGCAACUCAUCGCAGCCCACGCGGCAGAGGACACGCCGGAAGCCCCGCGUCCUCUUCUCACAGGCCCAAGUCUACGAGCUGGAAAGACGAUUCAAGCAGCAGCGCUAUCUUUCUGCUCCAGAAAGAGAGCAACUCGCCAACGUCUUGAAACUGACUUCAACCCAAGUCAAGAUCUGGUUCCAGAACAGGAGAUACAAAUGCAAACGCCAGAGGCAGGAUAAAACUCUUGAACUGACUGCUGCAAAUUUGCAUCAAGCUAGAAGGGUAGCUGUACCGGUUUUGGUUCGUGAUGGUAAACCAUGUCCUUCAGCGUAUUCAUCUGUACCGUCUGGCGGAAAUCCAGGAUACUAUCCGUCCCCAACAGCAGCUACCGUACCCACUUCGGGUUCUUCCUAUCCAACUGGUGUUGGACACUAUUCUCAUCCUCAGAUGACCAGUGUGCAGCAAAACGGUGCUACGAACACUUCUGUGACCAAUGGUGGUAGUGUGUACAGCAAUCUGCAGCAAUUGCAUUCAUCUCCUGGACUUGCUGGAUGGUGAAAUCGAUGAAAUGUCACAUUUUUUUACUCAUGCUAGUAAAUGCUAUCCGCAAGUUAUAAGCAAGCUCUUAAGCCGUCAGAUUACCUCAUGUGUUACUCUUAAGUAACAUUUCUUAAAUAAAAUAAGACAAUUAAUAAAUUAUCGAUUCUUAAACUGUUGUGAUGAUAACAAACAAACAGCAAAAAAUGCUAUAGAAAAUAAUUAUAAUUCACGAAGAAAGAGUUCCAAAGAACUUGUUUUACGUAAUGACUUUGACUGUGAUUGAUAUAAAUCAGGUACAGAACAAUGAUACUGUGCUGGUCAUAAUAUCAUUGAAUAUUCUUAUAACUGUGUCGUGUUCUUUGGAUUUGGAACUGAGAUUAUAGGACAAUGGAAAAUAAAUUUAUGUAGUAUGAGUAUAUCUGUUUAGUAGCAAAACACAUCUUCAUUUGUACUCAGUUCAUUACAUUUGAAGUAGAGAAAUCCUUUUUGAAUAUUCGAAGAAAAAUAUACGUGCCAAAGAUUUGGAGUCUAGAAACCAAAGAUAAAUAAACAUUUAUUUUUAGUUUUCAAGUAACUUGCUACUAAAAUAUUUUAUAAAAUUACUCCUUUGUUGAAACUGUUUUCAACUAUCCUGUGAUUAAAAAGAACUAGUUUGUUGUUUCAAUAUUGAACAUAUAUUUUAAAUUGUUUUGUUUUUAGUGAACUAAUUUUUAAAAAUUAACGUUUUUCAAAAAAUAAUAAUUGUUUGAUUCUACUGAAUAUUUUAAAUACUUAAAAUUCAAAAUUGUUUUAUUAUUUGUAUAUCAGUUUGCGCCAAAGAUAUUUUCAUUGUUUAUUUGUGAAUAUUAUUAAUAUUUAUUUGAUUUUUUAAUUAUUUUGGUUGAAAUUUUAUUUUUUUUCCUUGACGCUAUUUUAUAAUCAAACAUCAAAAAGACCUUUUUUUUUAGUUUAUAGACUACAUUUUUUAGUUUAUAAAAAAAAAAGA